AUGGAAGCUCUCAACAUGCUUCUGUACAUUUACUUCCUACUAAGUACAUGCGGAAAGUUGGGACAAACUCCAGAUGAAAGGUGCGAUACUUUUGAUCACAUAUUAAUUAUGUAUGGUUUGUUCUUGGAGAUGGAUCAGCAAGAAAAGUUGGCAUCACAGAAAAGAGAAUUUUGGGAGAUGGAAUCUGAAGACAAAAAAAAAUAUCUGCUAUAUUUAAGGUUGAGGAACAAAAAAUGCAAAAAGUUAUUAAGGAAGAUUAAUCCUUAUAUAGAGAAGAAACGAUGUAUUCGCGAGCCGAUUCCUGCCCAGACGAGAUUAGAAAUAUGUCUGAGAUACCUUGCUUCAGAAGACUCAAUGACUUCGAUUUCUUUUGCAUUUCGUGUCAGUCCGAAUACAGUUUCUAAAAUUGUUCGGGAAACAUGUAGAGCAAUUUGGUUGGCCUUGCGAUGUGAAGCUUUCCUGCGCCUAAAUACUGCACGGUGGUAUAUAAUUGCUAAGGACUUUGAAGACAAAUGGAAUUUUUGCCAUUGUAUCGGCGCUGUUGAUGGGAAACAAGUUCUCAUGCAGGCUCCACCAAUCACAGGAUCAGCAUACUAUAAUUAUAAAGAAAGAUUUGGUAUCAAUCUUAUGGCUGUAGCUGAUGCACACUACCGCUUUAUUGCUGUGGAUAUCGGUGCACCUGGAAGAAGAAGCGAUGGUGGGGUUUUCCGAGAGAGUCGAAUCAAGCGAAGAUUUGAGAGGGAUGCUCUUCAAGUGCCGCCACCGAAUACAGUAGAUGAGAAAGGAACGAAGCUACCCUAUGUUCUUGUCGUGGAUGAAGCAUUCUCCUCGUCAUCUUUUCUUAUGAGACCUUACUCGAAAAGCGGAGUACUCAAUCAGCUCGGUGGCGGAUAUACCGAACCGAAAUGAUAGGUUCCUCCGAACUCGUAAAUUUAAUUAUACAAGCAACCACGUCCUUGCAUAAUUGGCUCAUCAUCAAGUCUUUGGAAAAACGGAACAUUGAAGGGAGAGAAUUGUACGCACACCUAACUCCAGCAAAUGGAAC